GCAGCAUAACACCUAACAAAGCAUUGACACACAGGGAUUUAAAAUGAGUUUAAUUGUGACUUUGCCAACUCUUUUGCCUUAUGUAUAAAGUUGCAAAAGGAACUCUUAUUUCUUUAUCCCAUUACCUAACAACCAUAAAUUUACUCAUAUGCAACAUCUUGCAAAGAUACUUACACAACUGGAACAUUUCAUCACAUCAACACCAAAAACCUCAGUGUAUUUUAUUUGGAUUUUAUGCAAUAGACAUGUAUAAAUUGGUUAAUUGUGAAGUGCAAUGCAAAGAAUGCAUGUUUUUUUUUUCUUUUUUUUUUCUUUUGCAAAUUAGAGACUUCAAAAGCAAAGGAGAAAAUUUGUGAACAAACAGCAUCAUGAAGACCAAAGAACACAGCAGACAGAUCAGAGAGACAGCUGUGGAGAAGUGUUAAGCAGGGCUUGGUUAUGAAACAAUAUACCAAUAUUUAAACAUUGUACAGAUCACUUUUCAAUCCAUCCUCUGAUAAUUAUGCCACAACUUUAAAGACUUGGUUGUCUACCUAACAUAACAGGCCGGGCAAGGAUAGCAUCAAUCAGAGAAUCAGCCAAAAACCCCGUGGGACCACUGCAGGAGCUGCAGAGAUCCACAGCUUUGGUAGAAGAAUCAUCUGACAAUACACACAGAUGUAGAAGAAGGGGCUCUGGCCAGAUAAGACAUAAGAUUAACUUUGUGACUUGCAUGAAAACACUGCACAUCAUCAUGAAAACACAAUCCCAAUGGCAAAACAUGGUAGUGGCAGCAUAAUGCUGUAGGGAUGCUUUUGUUCAGGAGGGACUGGGUAGCUGGUCAGAGUUGAAGGAAAGAUGGAGGGAACUAAAUACAGGGCAAUACUUAACGAACACCAGCAAUUGCAAAAGGUUUGAGGCUUGGGAAGACAUACAACAAUUUCCAAUAGGUUAGAUCAAAGCAUUUUCAUAUGUCAAUCAAUGUUCAGUCAAUGUUCAGGUCUGAAUCCAAUAAAGAAUGUGUUGCAAGUCUUAAAAUGUGACAUUUGCAUACACUUUUCAUCCAAUCUACCUGAUCUUCAACUAUUUUACAAGUCUCAACAUGAAAAUCUACUGCAAAAGCUGAUUUAAAAAAAUAAUAAUCCAUAGAGGCCGAACACGAAUACUUGCCACACUUUGUAGAUUUCUAUUUGUAAAAUAAUUUUAUAACAUUUAUCAUGUUCUUCCCCCCUGCAAAAUGUAUGGACUGCUUUGUAGUAUAUCACAUGAUACUAUAAUAAAAUAAAAUCACGUUUGUGGAUGUAUUACCACAAAAUGUGCAAAACUUCAAUUGGUUUGGAUAUUUUGAGGCUCUAUAAUUCCAUGAAUUUUCCGAGCUCUGCAGUGUUAUAGGUUUAUUAGAACAUUUCAACCGUCCUGACCUGCAACAUCUCUCAAGUUUGAGUAACUUGUCGUAUUCUGUUUCAAUAUCGGUGUUAAGAUAAAAUGAUGAAAAACUCCAAUAAUAAAACUAAAUGUAGUAUUUUUGUCCUGCAGUCAAAGCCCAACUACCGUGACACGAAUUUGAUGAAGCUAGUAGGCGGCGAGAUUAUCCGAGCAGAUGUCGUUUUCCCCCACGUAUUGAAACAGUGGGGCCAAUAACAAAAGCGCGCACACGCAGGCACGCAGAGGAGCUAUACUCGCUCCCCCUGCGCGUCUCUCCUCUUUCCCCUUUCUGUCAGAAACGAGGGCGCUGCUCCAGUCACACUGAUUUAAACUUCUGCACACUUUUGACUUUAUUCUGGUGCAUCUCUUUUGCUUCCGAGAACCAAUGGGCACCAAGAGUGAAUUGUGCUUGAAAUGGCUCCUGUGCCAUUUGGGGCUGUUCACAUUUUUCCUUGAUGAAGCGUGGGGACAGAUCCGCUACUCCAUCCCAGAGGAGCUGGAGCACGGAGCUUUUGUGGGCAACAUCGCGGAGGACCUGGGCUUGGAUCUGGACAAACUGUCCAUGCGCAGAUUCCGGAUAGUGUCCGGCUCCAAGAAGCAAUACGUGGAGGUCAAUUUGGAGAAUGGUGUCCUGUUUGUCAAUGAGAGAGUCGAUCGAGAAGAACUGUGCGAACAGAGUUUGUCCUGUUCCUUCCACCUGCAAGUUGUGAUAGAAAACCCACUGGAGCUGUAUAGAGUGGAGAUCGAAAUUCUGGAUGUGAAUGAUAACUCCCCCAGCUUCCCAUGGACCGAGAUCAACCUGGACAUUUCUGAAUCUGCUGCGCCCGGAUCGCGUUUCCCUCUGGAGAGCGCGCAGGACCUGGACGUAGGAUCCAACGCGCUGCGCUCCUACCUGCUGAGUGUAAACGACCACUUCCAAUUGGACAUCCAAACGCGCAGCGACGGGAGCAAAUUUGCAGAGCUGGUCCUGCAAUCACCGCUGGACAGGGAGCAGCAGAGCGCGCAUCAGAUGGUGCUGACAGCGGUGGACGGAGGCUUGCCUGAGAGGUCAGGCACUGCGCAAAUCUGCACUACGGUUCUGGACGCCAACGACAACGCGCCGGUGUUCGAUCAGUCGUUUUACAGAGUGAGGCUAGCGGAAAACGCACCAAAAGGUACGGUAGUAAUAAAUCUCAACGCCUCAGACCAAGACGAGGGUCCGAACGCAGACAUUGCUUACUCCUUCAGCGGCCACGCUCCCUUAAAGGUGCGCCAGCUUUUUAGCGUGGACCCACGCACGGGAGAAAUAAAAGUGAAAGGCGUGAUCGACUAUGAAAAAGCGAGGAUGCACGAAAUUUACGUGCAGGCGAAAGAUAAGGGUCCAUCCGCCGUGGCGGUGCACUGCAAAGUGCUUGUGAACGUCCUGGAUAAGAAUGACAACAUGCCAGAGGUGAUCUUGACGUCAGUGUCCACACCUGUGCAGGAGGACGCGCCCCCCGGGACGGUGAUAGCCGUCAUCAGUGUGAUGGAUAAAGACUCGGGGGAAAAUGGGAACGUGGACUGCGAGAUCCCGAAUCACAUCCCGUUCCAGCUCCACUCCUCUUUCAAGAACUACUACACUUUAGUGACCUCAGACUUUCUGGACAGAGAGGCGGUGGCAGAUUAUAACAUUACUGUCACUGCAAGAGAUAUGGGUUCUCCUCCUUUAUUUACAAGGAAAACAAUCCUCGUCCAGGUGUCUGAUGUGAAUGAUAAUACGCCUCAUUUCAAACAGCCCUCCUAUACGGUUUAUCUGACUGAGAAUAACGCACCAGGAGCGUCCAUCUGCUCCGUCACUGCAACGGAUCCAGACUCAGGUCAGAAUGCGUAUUUAUCAUAUUCUAUACUAGAAGGGGGGGUACAGGGAAUGCCUGUAUCCACAUAUGUGUCCAUAAACUCGGACAGCGGUAACAUUUAUGCACUGCGCUCCUUCGAUCACGAACAGCUUAAAAACUUCCAGGUCACAGUCCAGGCUCAGGACGCGGGAUUUCCCCCUCUGAGUAGCAACGUCUCAGUGAGCAUCUUUAUCUUGGAUCAAAACGACAACGCGCCCCUGAUCGUGUCCCCCGUUAAGCAGAACGGCACGACACCGAAUGAAAACGUGCCCAGAUCAGUGGAUGCAGGUUACCUGGUGGCUAAAAUCAACGCGAUAGAUGCGGACGCAGGUCAGAACUCCCGUCUGUUUUACCAGAUGCUUCAAGCAACAGACUCCAGCUUGUUCAGCGUAGCUCUGUACACAGGCGAGAUCAGGACGAUGCGCCAGAUAGAGGAGAAAGAGCCCACCAGGCAUAGGCUGGUAAUUCUGGUGAAGGACAAUGGUCAGCCGCCCCUCUCGGCCACAGUUUCCAUCAUUUUGUCAGUAGUUGACAGCCUGCCAGAUUUACAGCCUGAUUUGGGUGACCUGCCACAGAGCCCGCAUCACAGCUCCAGCUUCACCCUGUACUUAAUCAUAGCUCUUGGUGCAGUCUCUUUCACGUUCCUGCUGGCCAUCAUCGUCCUCGCUGCAGCGAGGAGACUGAAGGGCAGAGUGCCCAGCAAGACGGCCAGCUUCCCCUCCAUCAGCAACUUCUGCGGCUGUUGCUCUCAGUCACAGCUCUCCUCCUCCAACAACACUACCACAACCACAGAGGUUUUCAAAAAGUCCAACCUGAACGUCCGCAUGUCCGCAGCAGGCGCGUCAGGCUGCACAGAGUCGAGCAGCAGCGGCGCGCACCCGCAGGUGUACUGCUACAAAAUGUGCCUGACUCCGGAAUUCUCCAAAAGUGACUUCAUGUUUCUUAAGCCAUGCAGUCCAGUUCUGUCUGUUCAGCAGAACAACACAAAGAGCACGGAUUACCUGACCUCAGGCUGGAGCACGCUGGAGCGCAAUGAGCUGUCCAACAACAGAGCAGCGACCCCUAAUGAGAUCAAACAUUCCCACAAGAACUUGACGUGGACCAAGAACCAGCAUAACUCAGCUUACAAAAGAUAUAGCCCAGCUAAUAUGGAUGGAACUCUUUCAUGGCAGCCAAAGUGUGACCUAGAUAGUUUCUCAGUGGCACCACAAUACUGGACCUGGGGAAACCAAAUGAACGACUGCAAGAGAUCUCUUCAAGAGAGAGCAGCUCCUAACUACUCAUGGACUCCAAAGCAAACUCAGCCUCAUUCCGAGGCAGCAGAUUAUCAGCACAACGUGUAUAUUCCCGGCACCAUGUCUGGCCACAGCACACUGAAGCUAAUGCCCAGAGGAGACCUGGAUGUUUAUAACACCUUCUCCACCUUUGGAAAGAAAAACAAAAUCAUCUCUAACUAUGAACAAGCCUUUGACACAGAUGAUGGUAUCAUCAGCAAUUCUAUUUUUAAAUGAGAUGCUGAACGCUUUACUGUUUUAUUUUAGUUAAGUCUUGGAAACAAACAAACAAAAAAAAACAUUUCUUAAUGACUUUACUGCUGCCCUAAAUUGCCCUAAAGUGGUUUAAAUUUAUAGUGGAUCAAUAACAGACCCUUACAGAAGUUUAGAGCAGGCACCUUAUAGAGAAGCAUUCAUUCUAAAUGUAAAUAAACAGCAUCCAAGUUGGAGAACAACUUUAAUAUAUUAGUUUUGACACAGCAACCUCCACUUUUAUUUGCACCUUUGAUAUAGAUAAAAAGCUUUUGAAUGAAUUCAUCUUUAAAUGUUGAAGCAUAAUCUCAUGCUGAAAAAAUAAGAAGAAAGUCCAAUCUCUAACUUGCAGUAAAAUGAAGUAAGUGCAACUGAAGAAGGUUUAAUUCAAUUGUGUGUUUUUUUUUUCCAUUGAUCAUUUCAUUUACAUUGAUGAAGUGUAUAGGAACUAUAUUUGUAAUUCAUGACUUUCUAUUCACCUUAGAUAUAUGUAUUGUCUGAGAGAUGCCAGACAAGAGAACAUUAUACUAAGGCAAUGUUUUGAUCUUUAUAAGUCAGUAAAUGAGCACAAGAAAAAAUAUGCUUGACCACAAACAGUAAGGGCAAUAGGAAGGGACAAUUUCUAAAGCUCAUAGAUAACUGCAGCAAAGUGUGGCGUUUUUAAGGUCACCCCUUUCUUAUUCCUACCAUUAGAUACUAUCUACACUCAUCGGCUGCUUUAUUAGGUACACCUUGCUAGAACCGGGUUGGAUCCCCUUUUGCCUUCAGAACUGCCUUAAUCCUUUGUAGCAUAUAUUCAACAAGGUACUGGAAACAUUCCUCAGAGA